AUGGAAAGUAAACUUGGAAGCAGAUUGCCGGUAAGCGCUUAUCUAGGAUUACGAAGUGAUCAAGCCAUUAGGAAGAGGUGCUUAUUCAUAUGUUUACCACGUCAAAUAUCGUUCUACUUCUCAAGAAUUUGCCUUAAAAAUCAUUGAAAAGCAAGUCGUUGUCCAAAAAAACUUGACAAAUAGGCUACUUAACGAAAUAAAAUUACAAAAGCGGCUUAAUCAUCCAUGUAUAGUCAAGUUUUAUCAUAGUUUUGAGGAUGAGGAUUGUAUUUACUUAUUCCUCUCUUUAAAUUGGAACAAGAUAUCGGUAAAAAUUUCCAUUUUGGUGUGAAGCAAAACUUUUUUUUUUAUUUGAAAUUUUAUAAGUGAAAAUACUUUUUUUUUACUAAUUUAAUAGAAAAGUGCAAAUAGAUAUUAUUUAACAGUAUUUACAAUGAAUCGAUUAAUUUUCAGUAUUAAUUCUUCAUAAUAAAUUAAAAUUCAAACAAUUUAUAUUUUUUUAAUUUUUUAAAAUUUUCCCUUCUUUAAAUUGGAACAGGAUUUUUUUCUAAUUUAAGAUUGGGGAGUUAGUUCUGGAAUAUUGCGCAGGAGGCGAGUUGUUCAGCUACAUAAAAUCUGAAGGUCGCUUAAGUGAAGAUGAAACCCGAAUGCUCUGCAGCCAGCUAGUUGAUGGAAUUGACUACUUGCACAAUCGUGGAAUCCUGCAUAGAGAUUUAAAGCUAGGAAAUUUAUUACUAUCAGAAGACAGAACCUUAUUAAAAAUUGGAGACUUUGGCUUAGCUGUAAAGCUCAGCAAUUAUAGUGAAGAAAGAUCUACACUAUGCGGGACUCCCAACUAUAUAUCUCCAGAAGUGGUAAAUCGCCAGCCAUAUGGCCUUGCAGCUGAUUUAUGAAGCCUAGGAUGUAUAGUAUAUGGCUGCCUUACAGGAAACCCUCCUUUUGAGUCUCCUGAUAUACAGACAACUUUAUUGAAAAUAAAAGAUAUGAGUUAUUCUUUACCAAAUUAUUUAUCAGAUGACGCUGAAACAUUAAUUAGAUCACUUUUAUCGUGAAAUCCUGAUGAAAGAUUGUCAAUACAGGAUGUAAAAAACCAGCCAUUUUUUAAGUCACAGUUUUUUAGCACACUUGAUACAAGAACUUUGCAGUCACCUACAUUGAUUUUAAGCCCUGUCUCUAAGCAUAGAUCAGCUACAUAUGUAGACUAUACAGAAACUAUAAUUUCUCCUGAAAAACCAGGAAAAUAUGACUUACCAAGGUCAAAUAGAAAAAUAAAAUCUCUGAAACAAGACCCUUUUGCUACUCCCCGAAGCAAGCCAAUAGUCAUUAAAAUGCCUUUAUCAACUGCAAAUUUAUUACCAUUCAAACACAUAUCAAAAAACAGAGUCCUAGAAAUCAACGACAAAGGCUGGGUCAUUGUAAAUAUGAACAAUCGCCAACUAGAAGUCUCAAGCGACGGCCUGACUGUAAUUUACCAAGGGAAACUCACAAAUUUCAGAGAAAUGAACAACAAUUGUGCGAAGCUUUAUCAAUACGCCCAAACUGCAUUAGACUUAGUAAGGUCAAAAACCCCUAAAAUUAAGCUGCAAAUUAAAGAUGCAAUGUGCAUGCUAAUGUGAAAUGAACCGUAUCCGAAUUUCGAAGUGGAUUUUGAAAAUGGUGCUAGGGUUUGCUAUCAGAUAGGCAGUGGAAAACUCUAUGUCCACCCUCUAACAGGCGGAAGCUUUGAAAUUUCGCCUUCAGAAGAUUACGAGCACUUAGACCAAAGCUUGAAAAACAUUGUCGAUACCACCUUAGAAGGCUUGAAAUGCUGCAUUGACGAAGAGCGGAAGCUUAAAAUAACCUAA